CGCACCUCUCUCUUCCUUCACCCCACCCCCAGCAUUUCUCGUUCCGGCUCUGUUUGUUUAAAUACCGUGUGGGAAGAGUGUGCACCAUUCGGAGUCAGUCUUAUGACCAUGUUUUUCCUGACUCCAGGUCUGGUAGCAGUUGUCUGCAUUUUGAUUGCCUGGAUCUUCAAAAAUGCUGAUGGAAACAUGGAGAGAAGGAAGGGGGAGACUAGAGCCAGGACCAAGGCUCGUCCUUGGGUGGAUGAGGACCUAAAAGAUAGCUCUGACCUCCACCCAGUGGAAGAAGAUGCUGACGACUGGCAAGACACAGAGGAAAGUGUCGAACAUAUUCCAUUCUCCCACACCCGGUAUCCUGAAAAGGAAAUGGUUAAGAGAUCCCAGGAAUUUUAUGAACUUCUCAGUAAAAGACGGUCUGUCAGAUUCAUAAGUAAUGAGCAAGUCCCCAUGGAAGUCAUUGAUAAUGUCAUCAAAGCGGCAGGAACCGCCCCAAGUGGGGCCCACACGGAGCCCUGGACCUUCGUGGUUGUGAAGGACGUGGACGUGAAACACAAGAUUCGGGAGAUCAUUGAGGAGGAGGAGGAAAUAAACUACUUGAGAAGGAUGGGGCGCCAAUGGGUUACAGACCUCAAGAAGCUGAGAACCAAUUGGAUUAAGGAGUACUUGGACACAGCUCCCGUUCUGAUUCUGAUUUUCAAACAAGUACAUGGUUUUGCUGCAAAUGGCAAAAGGAAGGUCCACUACUACAAUGAGAUCAGUGUUUCCAUUGCUUGCGGCAUCCUCCUCGCUGCUCUGCACAAUGCGGGACUGGUGACUGUCACUACCACUCCACUCAACUGUGGCCCCCGUCUGAGGGUGCUCCUGGGCCGCCCCGCAAAUGAAAAGCUGCUGAUGCUGCUCCCCGUGGGGUACCCCAGCGAAGAGGCCACGGUGCCCGAUCUAACACGGAAACCUCUGGAUCAGAUCAUGGUGACCGUGUAGGCAGGAGCCCAGCCAGGAUGCUGGCAGACGGUGGCCUGGUCCUCUCUUGUCCUCUUGGGUGUGCAGGCUGUUCUUCCCAUGGGUAUUAGGUCCAGCACUCCACUCCACUCAAGAAACUUUCCAUGUCAUCUGGCCCUUGGAGUCUGAGAAGCCCUGCUCCCCAUAGUGUGAUUAGGCGAACAUAAACAGUAAGAGGGCAAUGGGUACUUCCAUGUCUCAUCCACUCUGGAAAUGCGUUAAACUUUCACUGAGAAGAGGCCCUGGUUUUUAAGUUUUAAAAAUUGUUCCAGAAAAGUCACUGGUGAUUUUUUUUCUCUUACAUUUUAAAAGCUGGUAGACAGAAAAGAGUCAUCAGAACAUUUAACAGCCCUGAGAACUCAGCUAUGUGAUCAUUCUUGAAUUUAAACUAAGACUAAUCUGAUAGCCUCUGCCCUCUGAUUUCUGCUGGCCUUUAGGCCAGGAUGUGCUUUUGGGAUUUACUCUUUUACUGAACUUCAUGGGUAUCCUGCCACUUUUUAUUAAAACGUCAUAAUCACGGAACAGAACAGCACAUGCUCGAGCAGGUGGCUCUGACCCGUAACCAUCUGAACAUAUAAAGGGUUAGUUGCACCACUGAGUGGCGUGUUGGAGCUGGCUCGCCCCAGCUUGUGGAAGCGGAUUGUUAAAUAUUCAGGAAUUUUGUGAGCCAGUUAUUAAACUAUUUGUGGCUGGAAAUCGCCCACGGUGGGAGUAUUUACACCACCGCAAUCGAUUGAUACUACAAAUCAGGGCUUGGUUUCUUUUUCCUAAAGAGAACUAUUUUCCAUACACAGCACUAAUGGUGUCUUCCUUCUUUUCUACUCCAGCCCACAAAAGACUUAUCCCUUUUCUCCUGAGGGCAGUCAAGCGGUUUGGGACUGAUGGGGUACAGAGGUGUUAGGUUGGGAAUGCCAAACCUCGUCUUUCGCCCAUCACUCUCCCUUCCCAUCCCGGGGCAGUGCACGCACUGGCACAACUCAGAGCUCAGAUCAGUUCUCACCCAGCAUCCCUACUGGCCUCUUUAUCCCUCCUAGUACCCUUUUUCUUUUUUUUUUUUUUACCCAGCUUCCUCAAGAAAAAUCUCUCCCUCUUCUUUUCAUUCCUCUUAUGAGUCCCACAACCUAGGAAAAGCCCUUAGUAUUUUUGAUAAGAGUCAGAGCUGGUGACGAAUCUAUGUCAAAGAAAAGGAGGACUUUUUUUCCCCUUUAAAAUACAUUUAGAUAUUACAAGGACCUGUGCCCUCAACCACCUCUGAAGUCCUUUGAAGGACCUAGAAGUUUCCUUUAGAAUCUCCAAAAUCUUCCAUUGAUGGUUUCAUUUUUCUCUAAACAUGCUUUCCCCCAAGGUUACACAUUUUAAUAAAUGCA